AGAGGGGGGUCAUUCGGUUAGAGGGAUGUUAUUGAGUGGAAUCGCUGGAAAUGCGGGGAAAUGCGGCGGUGGGCGCCCGGCUCCCCAUUGGCCGGGCCGGUCACAUGCCCGCCUAACUUUAUUCAGUUGACAGCAAGUAGGAGGGCUCUAUGGCAGGGGAAAAAAAGACAACACGAGAAAAAUUAGUAUUUUCUACCUUCAGAAAUUAAUGGCCAUGAGUUCGUAUAUGGUGAACUCUAAGUAUGUGGAUCCCAAAUUUCCUCCUUGCGAGGAAUAUUUGCAGAAUAGCUACUUAGGCGAGCAGGGGGCCGAGUACUACAGUGCCUCGCAGGGCGCUGAUUUCCAGCACCAGGGACUCUACCCACGGUCAAACUACAGCGAGCAGCCCUUUAGCUGUAGCAAUGCCCAGGGCUCUGCCGGGCAGCCGCGGGGUCACGGACAGGAGCAAUCCGGCCCGGCGAGCCACUUCCCCGGCCCAGCAGAGCAUUGUCCACCGCCUCCAAUGUCCAACUCGCGAGCCUGCAGCCAGCAGCCGGCCCUCAAACCCCCAAACGGCUCCGCAGUUAAGCAGCCGGCAGUAGUUUAUCCCUGGAUGAAGAAAGUCCAUGUUAACUCGGUGAAUCCCAAUUACAACGGAGGGGAACCUAAACGCUCCCGCACAGCUUACACCAGACAGCAAGUCCUAGAACUGGAAAAAGAAUUUCAUUUUAACAGGUACCUGACCAGGCGCCGUCGUAUCGAGAUAGCCCACACUUUGUGUCUCUCUGAGCGCCAGAUCAAGAUCUGGUUUCAGAACAGAAGAAUGAAGUGGAAAAAAGAUCACAAACUGCCCAACACGAAGGGCAGAUCUUCUUCCUCUGGUUCAAACCCCCAUUUACAAACUGGUUCCAAGGACCAUCAGACUGACUUGACAACUUUGUAGAAGAGGUGAAAUUUUCCAUUUCAUCCUUCGCUUCUGACCAGUACUGUACAUAACUGACACUGCCCAAGCAGAACCUGCAUGUAGCAGCUAAGGACACGAGAAACUGUCAUCUUUCUUUAAGGUACUGUUGUACAAAGGAGACAAAAUGACGCUACUUUGGACUUUAUUUUAUUUGCCUCUGC